AUGACUGAUAGUAAUAAGAAACGUGACAUAUUGAUAUCAAAGGCAUUAUCAUAUUUAUUAAGACAUGGCGCCAUAAAAGAACAAUUAAACAUUGGAACUGAUGGAUAUGUUUUACUAAAUGAGCUUUUACAACAUAAUAGAUUAAAAAGCCAUAAAGCCACAAAACAGGAUAUUAUCAGAAUCGUAGCCACAAAUGACAAGCAAAGGUUUCAAUUGGAACGACUUGAGAAUGACGACGGUAUUUUAUUAGAGGAAUACAAGAUUAGGGCCACACAGGGUCAUUCGAUAAAGAGCAUAGAGAACGAUAAAAUUUUGGUUAAAAUAAAUGAUUAUCCGUACGACAGUUUGAUCCAUGGGACUUCCUUAAAGAAUAUUAUUUUAAUAUUGAAAUCUUGUUAUGGGUUAAGCAGAAUGAAUCGGAACCAUAUCCACUUAAGCCCAGGGAUUAUAGGAAAAGAUAAGUAUGUUAUAAGCGGUAUGAGAUAUAAUACUGAAAUUUUCAUAUACUUAAAUUUCCAUAGAAUGAUGAAAGAUGGUGGUAUUACCAUAUAUAGGAGUGUUAAUAACGUGUUUCUAGUUGAAGAUAACAUACCGAUUGAUUAUUUUGAAAAGAUUGUGUAUAUGGUUAAUAAAGAAAGCAAUACUGGACCACAAGGCGGAGUGGUGGAGAAGAAACAGCAAGAGUUAAUCCAACUUUGCAAAGAACAUGGUAUUAAAUUAUUGGUUGUGGAUAAUUCGUUUGUGCCUGUUAUACCCGAUAGCGGACAUUGA